CCUCUUUUACCUUUUAAAGCAGCGUAGUCUCAACCUGUCUCUGAGUGUUUUCUCUGCAGGGACACUAAGAUCCCAGCCGAGCAUCAGCCAUGCGGGCUCUUUACCUUCUCUUUGCUCUUCUCUUCUUGGUUUUCCAGGACCAGGCCCGGUCUGAGGACCAGGAUGAACCCCAGGAACCUGUCUUGCUGGACGAGACAGAAGGAGCCAUGGAAGCCCCGGAAAUACGUAGCUCCUGUGUUGCCAGUGGGGGUCAAUGCCGAUAUGGGUUCUGUCCUUGGAAGGAAAUGAAGAUUGCAUCCUGCGGUUUUGCAAGACCCUGCUGUAAAAAAGUGAUAUAAAGAACCUGCUGGAAUCUGAAGAAAUCCACACAGGGGAUUCUCCGCAGCCAGAGAGGAGGAAAGCCAUGUUCAUUCUGCUUUUCUGAACAACUGUCUGAUUUGA